UCUGAUUACAAUUAGCCACAGGUACGGAGCAACACUGCGCGACAUUACAAAGCGCACCAGGAUUAUUUACCUGGUUCUGGAAAAUGAGAAGGGACUACAGAGUAAUACGUGGCUUGACUUGGACAUGGCUGACAUUGUGGAUUAUCCAGUCUCAGGUCAAUCCAGUUUCAUCGAUGAUAUUUUGGACCGCAUAUGUGGAGCUGCGCUACUUGUGGCCAGGGACGAACCAAACGAUAAUCAGUGUGUGUGAAUGUGGAACGUAUGUGUUAGAAUCACCUUUGAAACAGGCCUUUGGAUUUGUGGCGCUCCCAAAUUCAGAUUCACUGGCCUGCCAACCAAAUACCACAUUCGCCAUUAAGCAAGAGCCAUGGAUAGCUCUCAUCAAAAGAGGCAACUGUACCCAUGCUGAGAAAAUUCAAGCCGCACAGCGAGAAGGAGCAUCGGCCGUAGUUAUUUACAAUCUUGAUGGGACUGGAAAUGAGACAAACACAAUGUCUCGUGCAGGAACUGGGAACAUAGUAGUGAUCAUGAUUGGAAAUCUCCUGGGCAGACGCAUCACAGACCUGAUUGAGAGAGGGAUUGAAGUGUAUAUGAGAAUAAAAGUGGCAAGCCGACAUGGGCCCUGGAACCCUUUUUGGAUUUACAUCAUGUCUUUCGUCUUCUUUGGAAUAACAGCCAUCAUACUGGCCUACUUCAUCUUUGUAGUGAUUAGCCGGUUCUACCAAAACCGUCAGCUUCGGAUCCAGCAGAGAAAGCUUAAAAAAGUGGCCGAGAAAGUCGUCGCCAAAUUAGAAGUUCGGACACUCCGGCGAACUGAUCCGGAAGUUGAAGCAGAAGAGAGCAGCUGUGUUGUUUGCUUAGAUUCCUUCAUGAGGUGUGACGUCGUGACAACUCUGCCUUGCAGCCAUUUUUUCCACAAAACAUGCAUUGAGCCAUGGUUACUGGAACACCACACCUGUCCAAUGUGUAAAUAUGAUAUUCUGAUAGGAGAGGAUGCUCUGAAACCUGGUCAGGAAUCCUCCGUACCACCACAAGAUGUCAGAUUUUAUCCGAGCACUGUAUCAGGUUUAAUGGUCAACUCAAGAGGAGUGCUCACAUCUCCACAGCAGCAAGGAGAAGCCAGGCUAAGCUUAAACACCCAGACUACUGAAUCUGCGGAAGAGCAAAACAGCAGCAGAAUGGAUCACAUUUAUAUGAACCCAGCAUUUGAAGAGGAACGGCAGAUCUCUGACCAUCAGGACCCUGACUGUCAGUCACAUCAAGUGUAGAACUUGCCUGCAAUUUCUUAAAUUGAAGUGUAUUUUCUAUUCUCUAAGAUGACUCUAAAGGUUCGUCGUGUACCAUGUACAGAAAGUAGAUCUCUUUAAACAAGUAGUAAUAAUAAUCAGCCAUAUCACCAUGGUUUGCAUGUAUAUGAAUUAUAAAUAAAAAAUAAAAAAAAACACACACAAAGUCCUGAAGAUCUUUAGAUAAGGGACGGUGCUGUAAAGGUCUUAAUUUAGAAAAUUUAGCACAGUAGACGUCGGUGAUUUUUUUUUCAAGACUAUGUGCUUAGUGGUCUGCUGUGCAUCAGUAGAACAUCAGUAGAUCUAAGAAUCUUUAAGCGAUUUGUAAGUGAUCAAAUCAUUUUCAUUGUUUUCCCAAACAUAUUAUGUAUGAUCCUUAAUGAUCCUUGAUUACUGCUGAUAUGUUCAUUGGCUGGUGAUGUUAUAAGAAUGAAUAAAUACUUUUUUUAAUGAUACCAGACACUUAUUUUUAAAAGACCAAUGUAUUUCGAUUAGUAAGAGUAAUGUAGAUGUGAUAAGACAGAUAUGGUAAAACAUCUAUGGUACGUUUUGUUAAUGUGCACAGGAGUUGAGCUGCUCCAUUCAUUUCAUCACCCGUGUUUUCACUGUGUCAGCGUUGUUGAUAUUAAGGAACCUGCUACUGUAGAGUAUCUGCACUGCUGCUUUCUUUACAUUCCCUGGAAGCUCUUUUUAACCUCGGACUCUUUGAGGUGGAUAAUGAGGUGCAAGCUAGUACGUGAUGGGUCGUGUACUGUGAAAUUCAGAGGUCUUUUAUGAUUAUUUCUUGUCACACUGUAGGAGAGGAUCGCUAUCAGGGGUGGCGCUAAAGAUAGGGUACACUUUGAGAUAAAGUGGUGGGGCAAAAUUUGAUGUUUUUAGUAGUAUUUAAUCAAAUUUGAACAAACACCACAACAAACACCGCAAGUAGAACUUACACCAAGCAAAUAUUCUUUAAAUGAAUUUUAUUAAACUGUAAAAGAACCCACAACAUCUCAGUGUUUGCUUCCUUAUACUAUACUAGAGUUCACUCAGUUGCAUUCCACUUCUAUGGAAAACCAUCGCUAGCUGGUGCAUUAUACCCCUGUGAAACAGGAAGUCAUGGUUGAACAAUUUCCUGCUCCUAGUCAA